AACUUCCUGAUCCUUGACUGUGACGACAUCAAUUCUCUCCAUAGUUCGUUUAUUAUGGACCCAAGCUCUGGUGGGCAGCAUGCCUUCAAGAGCGAUGAAGAACAAGCACGCAAGUUGAAACGUAUUCACUUGAAGCAGCUGAAUUUGAAUGAAGCCGAACCUGCCAAAGCAUUGGACUCGUCUCUGAAACGACACACUGCCCUCAUUAAACGGUUACGACAGUCCCUCGGUACAGAGAACCAUGACCAGAUCAUGAAGGAUAUCGAGUCCUUAUCCCUUGAGAAGUAUGUGGACGAGAUAGCUGGUGCAGUCGUUGAGGGUAUGGCGCGCUGCAAGACGGAGAAGGAUGUCUGGAGCGCGGUCGAGAUCAUCUCAGCAUUGCACCGCCGUUUCCCCAAAUCAUUCACGCCAGGCUUAGUUUCUUCUCUUCAAGCUGCCUUGGCCCCUCCGUCUCGUGCAGCUCUCUCGGCCUUAUCCCAGGAACAACGAGAGAAGGAAGAUUCCACUCGCGUGACUCGCCAGCGCCCCAUCUUGCGUGUUUGCUCUGAACUCGCCCUAGUGGGCAUAAUCAGAGAUGCACCAGAUAGGAGCGGGGGAGAAUGGAUGAUGAAGGUUAUCAAGGAUUUGUUAUCCAACGAUCCGUCCUUAUCAUCAUUGCCCUUGCUUUCAACCUUCCUCAAGUCCUACUCACUUCCUUACCUUGGGUUAUCCCCUCCACAAGCCUCGAAGCAAAUUUCGGCUGCAUCAGAGCCAGGUACGCUAUCUGAAGAAACAACUAUGGUGGCCAGCGGCGCGUUCCCGCCUUUGGUAAAGGAGGAGGACGAGCUGGUAGAGAAAGACAUACGUGAUCGCUUCAAGAAGAUGUGCGAAGGGUAUUUCGAGAGCGUUUCCAAGAAGCUUGUGAUAGAGCAUAACCGACUGCAAGAGCAAGAUCGUAAGAAUCACGAAGCAUACAUUCGUUCUGGGGAAAUUUUUGAAGAUAGACAGCAAGCAUAUGAGAAGAUGACGAAGGGAUACGAGAAGCUUCUUGCCAGUUGCCAAACCCUUUCAGAAUUACUAUAUCUUCCUAUGCCCACUCUCAAAGCUGCCUCGCAUAAGACCGAAUCCAUUCAGAUCGGCACCAGCACCGGUAUCUCAUUAGAUGCCGACGGCGAAUUAGAGGACACCAUCAGGGGCGGCAAGUGGGAAGACGAAGAGGAACGACGCUUCUUCGAGGAUAUCCCAGACCUCAAGGAUUACGUCCCCAAGGGCGUGCUUGGUGUUGAGGAGGACGAACCUGAUAAACAAGAAGACGCUGCUGAGAAGGAACAACGCGCGAAAGCCAAGGUCGAUGAAGAGGUACGCCAAUUAGAAGAAGAACUUGCUGGCUUGGAAGCUUCGCAGAAUGGCGAUGUCAGCGGUGCUCCAACUGUUAUCGAUGGCAGGCUUGAAGACGGUGAGGGCGAAGAAGACGAUGAUGCGGCGACUCCUACUGCUGGAACGCCGAAAACCUCGCCUCCCUCGACUCCACAGCUCACAGCUCAAGGGCCUUCUCAGCUUCUUACUGCUCUACUCGCGCGUCUCCCUGAUGUUACCAAUCGUGCAGGGAUUGAUCAGGCCGCGGUUGACUUUGCCUUCUUGAAUUCCAAGGCUGCUAGGAAGCGUUUAGUCAAGUUCUUCAGUCAGACUCCAAAGAGUCGUACCGACCUUCUUCCUCAUUACUCGCGCCUCGUUGCAAUUUUGAACAAGUACAUGCCCGAUAUUGGCGUGGAUCUUGUCAAUGUUCUCGAUGAAGAAUUCCGUUAUCUGCAACGGAAGAAGAACGUCGUCAAGGAGCUGUCUGAAGUUCGCCUCAAGAAUAUCACUUUCCUCUCGAACCUCACGAAGUUUAGCGUUGUACCCCCGCAUGUCAUCCUCCACAUGUUCAAAGUCUGUUUGGACGACUUUUCUGGCACCAAUGUGGAGAACCUUGCAUUGCUACUAGAAGGAUGUGGUCGAUUCUUACUUCGGAGUGAGGAGACGCAGCAACCGUUCAGCAAGAUGCUCGAACUUUUGAGGCGUAAGCAGGGCAUGCGACACCUCGAUCAACGCCAAAUGCUAUUACUUGAGAACGCCUACUAUCAGUGCAACCCUCCUGAGCGUACGGCCAAGGAAGUCAAGCAGCGCACACCCAUGGAACUCUUCAUUCGCCACCUCAUCUACGACGUGCUUACCAAGAAAACCAUCGACAAGGUUCUCAAGCUCGUUCGUAAGCUCGAUUGGAACGAUCAAGAAGUUCAACGUACGCUUCACAAGGUAUUCACCAAACCUUGGAAGGUCAAGUAUGGGAACGUGCCUCUUCUGGCGAUGCUCACGUACGACUUACAACGCUAUCAUCCGGCGUUCACGAUUUCAGUUGUGGACCAGGUGCUGGAAGAUAUUCGACGAGGAUUGGAACAGAAUGUCUACAGUAUCAACCAACGUAGGGUGGCUACAAUGAAGUACUUGGGUGAACUGUAUAUCUAUCGUCUCGUUGGGUCGGGUAUCAUUUUCGAUACUCUGUGGACUUUGGUUACCUUUGGACAUCCCGAAGGACGCCCUGUUCCUGGACAACCUUCCCCUCUUGACAUGCCAGACGAUUUCUUCCGCAUCCGACUGGUUUGCGUACUUCUUGACACCUGUGGCAUGUGUUUUGAUCGAGGCACGCAACAGAAGAAGCUCGACAAUUUUUUGACGUUCUUCCAGUAUUACGUCCUGUGCAAAGAUCCUCUGCCGAUGGAUGUGGAGUUCAUGUUGACUGACUCGCUGGAGGCGGUUCGGCCGAAGCUUUCUAUGUACAAGACCUUCGAAGAAGCUGCAAUUGCAGUGGACGAGAUGUUCAAUGCCGCUUUCCAAAACGCUGGGAUCUCUACCGGUGACGAUAGUGGUGAUGAUUCUGGUGACGAAGAUGAACGCCGAGAACAACAAGAGGAGGAGGAUGGCGAUCGCCCCACCUCUGAAUUCCCAGCUGAUGAGCGUGCACCGUCUCCCGAAGCCGUUCUACUCAAGUCUUCCUCUACUCAAGAGAAGAUUGGACCAUCGGAAGAUGACGAUGCAGAAUUCGCCAAAGAGCUUGCAAAGAUGGUUAUGGAGAGCUCGUCUGAGACUAGGAAGGUCGACAAAAAGACCGCCCUCGCUCUCUGGGAAACGACAGUCCCUCCUCCAGGAAUGCGCAAGAAGCGUGUCGACGAGACCGAUGAAGAUGUCGACAGGACCGGCGAGGGUCAGCGUGUGAUGAACUUCACCGUGUUUACCAAACGUGGCAGCAAACAACAGGUUAGUUAUAGUUUACAUUCUUGCUCCUCGAAUCACGCAUUGACCUUGUGCCCGUCAAUCCAGACACGCCAGCUAGCCAUUCCGGCUGAGUCCACGUUAGCAGUCCAGACUCGCACAGCUCAGCUGCAGGACAAAGUUGAGCAACAGCAUCUCAAGAGGCUGGUGCUUAAUUACGAGCAGCGGGAGGAAGCAGAAGAACUCAAAGCUCUUGAAACUCGCAAUCGCGCCGGAGCUAUCAAGAUACGAUACGUUGGGUAACAUCGACCGCAGAAUGUCUUCGCAUUGCACAGCUUGGCUUCGUACUCGAUUGCUUUCGACUUCGAAGUUCCUUUGGCGCAAGGAUCGCGACUAGUCGCGCUCGGCGACGCACGCCCUUCAUGACCGUUUUUGAUACGGUUGGAAUGUUCGCUUCGCACACACACCAUCCUACCCUGCCUGACCUUGGUACCCAGGAUGUUGCAGGUAUAGGUUUAUUUCCGCUGUCCGAGAUUAUUCGCCGUAUGACACGACUGGGUAUAGCCGAUAGUCUCCACGACGAGCUUUCAGUCCUUGUAUUAGUGUACUCCACAUAGAAUCCGUCCAUAUGUAGCUUAUGUCGAUCAGAGGGACUUUUUCUCGCAAUUGACUUCGAAGAAACCAGGAUGUACAUUAUAUUCCACGUGAUCGCGUUUUGAUCAUGAUUCGCGCUAAUGGCAGUCGCGUCUUUGACUUACAUCCUCAAAUCUCCUGCUUUACAUUUUGUACUCUCGCCGCCUGGUACAUACGAAUGGAUGAUUCGGAUGACUACUUUGGCG